GGAUAUCGCGCUGUCCAUAGUUAAACUCUCUGUUGCCGACCCCAUGGUCUCUCAGAGAAGGCAAUGAGCCUCAGGCAGGGAGCCGGGCUAAGGUUCAUGUUAUGCGAGGUGCUGAAAUAAGGGCAGCGAGUCUGAAGAGGAGCUGUAGCGCUAACCUUCCAGCACGGCUUUAAUGGUAACCAUGGAUCCUCUGCAGGUAGCAGAGGAGGUGGUGGAGUCAAGUCCCAAUAAACUGGAGGAUAUAUAUAGGCUCCUGUCUGAGGGAUCUUUCCCAUCAUCUUUCUGCUCCAUCAAGAAGAAAAACCUUAAACGAUACGCCAGAAAGUUUACCCUGGAAGGCGGCUGCUUAUACUAUGUGGGAUCAAAAAAUGAAGAGAAACGGGAAGUGGUGGUGGAUCCAGAAAGAAGGCACCAAAUUUUCAUUGAAAGCCAUCUUACAGAAUCUGGCCAUCACCUAGGGCAGAAGAAAACUGCUAACCGGAUUCAAAGCAGAUAUUACUGGCUGGGAAUUGUAAAGGAUGUUAUUGACUGGAUCAAAAUGUGCGAGACAUGUCAAAAUGCAGAGCAUCACAAAAACACACCCAGAAAAUGCAAGCCUGUGAAAGUGGAUCAUCCUUGGGAGGUUCUGAGCAUUGCUUUUCAUGGGCCUUUCCCUCCAAGUUCUCAGCAGAACACCUAUGUAUUAACUGUAACAGAUUUUUAUACUAAAUGGAUAGAAGCUGUUGCCUUGCCGAAUAAUGAUGCUGCACAGGCCUCCAAGGUGCUGGCUAAUCUGUAUUACAGAUAUGGGGCUGCAAGAAAUAUUUAUUGUAAUCAAGGAUGGGACUUCUGUAAAGAGGUGAGCAGGAACCUCUAUGAGAGGUGCAACAUAUCACAAACACUAACGCAAGCUGAAGCAAGUGACCACACUGGUCUGGAUGAGAUGACCUAUGAAGGGCUGAAAUCCUCCAUAAGGAUGGCAGUGAGUGACAAUCCAAGUGAAUGGGAUGAACUCCUGGAAUCUAUUUUAUUCACUUUCCGAACAUCUAUCAAUCCUGUGACAAAGUACACACCUUAUUUCCUGAUGUUCAGUAGGGAGAUACAGUUGUCAUUGCAGACUGAAGCAACUGAAGUUCCCAAUAGCCAAGGAACAUCUAAUAGCAAUAAUGAAAGUCUCGUCCAAUACACAUGUGGAGUGCAGGAACAAAGAGCAGCAGUACGAGAAAUAGUACUUGCCAAUUUAUUAGCAACUGAAAAACAGGAAAGGAAAAGUACACCAAGGCCCAACAGAUGCUCGCCUCCAUCUUUUCAAGGGCAUGAUGGGAUUUUUGUCAGUGGUGCAGUUCAGCCUGUGAAAAAGUUCAAGCAUACCACUGUCAUGUCUUUUAAACUUAAAAAUGUGUUAUUUCCUGAAGGAACUGUAGCUGUUGAAGAAAUGACAAGCUGAUACUAGGAGUGUCUUUAUCACAUACUGAAGGGUUGUGGCCAAAAUUAUUUUGAUGGCUGCAUUCUAAAUGUAAUCUAUAACUGAAAUGCAAAAACAACAUGUUGUAGUUUGAGGUUUUUUUAUUUAGAAAAGGGUAUUUGUUUACCUUCUGUUAGAAACGGUUCCCAAGUGUGCACUAACGGAUAUUAUUUUAAAGGGUAAAUAAACCCAACUUUUAAUAGGGUUCAUUUUCCAAUUGCAAAUAACAUACAGCAGAAAAGUUACACAAAUAGAUGUCCCUUGCUGGCCUUUAAAUGCAUAGUAAGGUUGUUGUUGUUUUUUUAACCUUUUAAAAGAACUGAUUUAAAUUUUGUUGUUUUUUUUUAAUUUGUUAAAAAUCUUGUAUUUAGAAAAAGGUAUUUGUCUUGUACCUUCUACAAACUACUGUCCUCAAACGGAUAUUAUUUAAUAGGGUAGAGAACCCCAUUUAAAAUAGGGGUUUCCAAUAAAUUUCAUGGCACAUAACCCAGAAAGGGUUUGUACACUUGCUUGCAUUCACAUUAAUUAUUUUGGCAACAAGGAGAGAAACCGAUGGAGGGCUGAGUGAGCUUCUGGCACUGCUGUGCAUGUCUUGACCAUUAUUUGCUCAUUUGUAUAGUAGUAUCCUGUUUCUUUCAGCCUGCUUCAGGAUGCCAGUGCUUGACCCAUUGUCAAUGUCAGACUGACAUCAGGAGAAACUCCACUUGGCCUCACUGCACCUUGUGUGUGUGGGUGGGUGUUAAUGCUUGGCAGUAGUCGAAUCCACAAGUAAGAUGAUUAUUGGGGAGGGGGGUCGUGAAGUGGGAUUUCUAGGAGGACUAGAAAUCCCACUAGGACUAGGCAUGCGGCCCCCUAAAAUCCUGCCACCCUAGGCCCAGAUCUUGGUGGCCUCUCCACAAAUCCUGGCCUUUAUGCAAAUCAAUGAGGGGGAGGGAAAAAGAGACUUGAAAAAAAUAAAUCACAAUUUUUUUUAACUUUUUUUUUACUUUACUUUGUUUUGUGAUGAAAAGUCAUAUGAUUUUAAGGAUUCGGAUUCGGUUUGGCCAGGCACAAGGAUUGGAAUCCUGCUGAAAAUAGCCAAAUACCAAACUGAAUCCUGGUUUCUAGCAUCCCUACAAAAUAGAAAUAAAAACAAAUGUGUUAUUUUAGUAAAGAGGGACUGAAAAGAUUAAUAUGCCCUUUUUCAUACUUUUAUAUGGUAAUCGCAUCCAACAUUCUAGUAUCCAGCAAAGUGACUGAGCCAUUGAUAAGAUAUAUUUUUUUUUUUAUUGUUACCCUGUGAUAACACCCAACCAAUUCCUUUAAGUUCUUACUAAGCUCUAUUUCAUUCAUCCGUAUCAGGAUGAUGAUAAUAAUAAUCAGAUAUCACAAAUCUAACUGAUAUUUGCCAACAUGGUACCUGCAAACCUUUCCUCCCCCUUAUUGUGGGUUGUUUUCAGGUUUACAGACUAGCAACUGCCUUGUGGGAUUGCUGUACGCUCCCAUAGACGUACUUUAUAUUGGGCUUGUUUGGGACUUGCUGUUCACUACUUGAAAUGCCACUGCCUAUUUUGAAUUUCAGUCUAGACAUGACUGCCUUUAAUAAACAGCUAGUAUGUCCUAAGUAUAAUCAUAAGUACACUGUAUAAUAAUCAGAGAAUAGCAUAUUGUGCCUAGAGCAUUCCCUUUUAGGUACUUUAAUGUAUAUACAACUUGUAAUUCCCUUUAGCUUCCUCCAUAAAUAAGAAUGUGUUCUUCCAUCUGGAAAAGAAAAUGACCAAUUGACUGGCUAAGGGCAGAAGCUCUGAUGGUUUUGUUGGAUGAUGUACUGGAUCUUCCUGGUUUGUAUCUAUCGUUUAAUUUGAGUGAAGUCUUGCACUGUAAAUAUUUUAACUUUUUUUUAAAUUGUAUAAAUAUUUGAAUAACAUCUCCUGAAGAGAUAAUAAAACUAUAAUCUUG